GGCAGCUUGGCAGCUUGCCCGGGGACGCGCAUUACGGAGACCUCAAUCGCUCAUAAUCAUACCUACACUUUCUCUCUGACCGUUGCCGAUAUUCCUACUCUUGAAUCUUGAGUCCACCGACCAAAGACAUCGCUACUCGCCUUCGUACCAUACAAGUCACCACAUUCCAUCGCAUCUCCCAUAUCCUUACUCUUCCAGCAUUUGCGACCCCGGAUGCCGUUGCGCUGAUACACCAAGAGCUGAAGACGCCGGCUCCAGAUGAAGAGCCUACACCAGGGUGCCCUCGAUACUAAUGUCCUCAUCCGAUCCUAACCAUGGCCGAGGAAGCAACUUCCAAUCCAUACCCCUUCGGAAUCUCAACCGACCGCCAGAUGGCCACGUUGACGGACAUGAUAUACCUGGGGAGGCGCAGCGCUCGCACAGGCGGACACUCAGCGACAGAGGGAGGAACUUGCUGAGACAAACCGAGUCGAUCGCGACAGGAAAUCACUGGAAUCCCGAAUAUGCGCCCAUCGCAGAGGUAUCACCAAGCCCGACGAGGGGGAGGGGGGAACAUCGUCCAAAUAUCGACACCUCAUACUCGACGUCGCGCGGAGGCGCAGCGCCCCACGAAGAUGGAGGAUAUAGUCCACUGGAGGAUGCUGGGGCAUUUCAAGCCGCAAUAGGUUUCUCUGGAAUGGGUUUUCAAGGCGAAACAUCCCCGCCAAUGCCAAGCUCAUACCCUCGUGAACCAUCAUACGGACAGUACAGCGAUCCCUACACCUCGCGCGAUACCGAUGACCAUGGAUACUACGCUGGAGGCCCCUCGUAUGACGACACGGCGAGAUUGACAGAUGUGCGGAAUUUGCAACCGAUGGGUGGAGCUGGGGGGGCGACCCCUCAUCAAGACCGUUCGAGCUUCCAGAGCGUGCAUUUUCUCAGCCCAAACGCAGUCGGUUCUGGAGAUGCUGGUCAUCUAGAAGCUGCUGCUGGCAGUCGUGGAAGUUCGGCGAGUCGUAAACGGUCGCUCUCGCCUGGGGAUGUGUCUCCGCUACAUCGGGCAGGAACCAUUGUUCGGAACAUGUCGCAGAGAGUCGUCAAUAUCAGCCAUGACCCCGAGGUCGCUGAAACCACCAUGCGCCGAAAAUCUUCAUUACAUCAUGCUCGUCUUCAGGGACCGCCCUCGUUUCCCGUCCUACCAGAAACCGUCGACGAUGGUCCAUCUGCUCCGCUGUCUCCUUUAGAGAAGCCUCCAUCACCAACGUUCCCGAAACAGCAACCCCCCGCGCCUCGACGGUAUUCGCCGCAAAAUCCCCUCCGAGGCAAUACGCUGGGCAUCUUCCCUCCUGACAGCAAAAUCCGACUCAAGCUCUGUGAUCUGCUCGUCCAUCCCGCCACCGAGCCCAUACUCCUAAUAUUAAUUAUCAUCCAGACCGUUCUGUUAGCUGUCGAUGGCAGCCACAGCGUCUUCGAUGAGAAACAUAAGCGCUCAGCAAAAUGGGGCGAUUCCAAGAUUGACUGGGCUCUCCUCGGACUUUUCGUAAUUUAUUCAAUCGAAAUUGUAAUUCGCGUCAUAGUAUCUGGAUUCAUUGUGAAUCCAGUCGAAUACAGUACCAUCAAUCGACAAGUCGGCUUGAGAGAAGCCGUCUUGAGCAAAGGUCGUAAAUUCUUCACGCCCCACCGACAACCAUCACAAAAACAUGCAAACACAACCUUCAAUCCACAGCAACCGUCCAUAAUUCGAUCGUUUACUACGGCCCAAAUCAACCCCGACGUCGGUCCUGGAGAUUCUCAACAGCAGCAAAGGUUUCGACUUGCACACAGGGCCUAUCUGCGUCACUCAUUCAACAGAACAGAUUUCCUUGCUGUCAUAGCCUUCUGGAUUUCAUUUUUAAUGGGAAUUUUUGGUGAGGCAGGCAAUAAGCAUGUUUACAUUUUCCGAAUGUUGAGCUGUUUGCGCAUCAUACGUCUACUAAACCUUACGAGCGGUACAUCGGUGAUAUUGCGUAGUUUGAAAAAGGCUGCUCCGCUGCUAGUCAAUGUCGCCUUCCUAAUAUCCUUUUUCUGGCUAUUGUUCGCCAUCGUUGGUAUUCAAAGCUUCAAGUCAAGUCUAAGACGCACUUGCGUGUGGCAAGCCCCCCCAAACAGUGGAGAUGAGGAUUUUGAUACUGGCCAAUUCUGCGGCGGACAUCUCGAUCCCGUGACUGGUGCUCCUCAACCCUACAUUGCAACACUGGGACCGAAACAGAGUGUCCGCAAGGGGUUUCUAUGUCCCAGAGGUUCGCUUUGUAUUGAGAGCGAAAACCCUUUCAAUGACACACAAAGCUUCGAUAACAUUUUCAACUCCUUGGAGCUCGUGUUUGUUAUCAUGUCUUCGAAUACUUGGUCAGACCUGCUUUACUACAUUGCGGACAGCGACUAUCUAAUAGGUGCACUCUAUUUCGCGGUUGGCAUACUUAUUUUAAGUUUAUGGCUGAUAUCGCUCCUGAUCGCCGUUAUCACCUCCUCUUUUCAAAUCAUCCGUGAGGAGAGCAAAAAGAGUGCAUUCACGGGCGAAGAGAUCGUUGAAGAAGAGACCGAAGGACUCCCAGAGCACCGUGUGAGCAAACUCAAACGGUUCUACGAUAAGACUUCCUGGCUGUGGGUAUUAGUCAUUGCCUAUGGACUAAUAUGUCAAUGCCUUCGCAGUGCCACGAUGAGCGAUUGGCGACGCGACUUCAUCAAUGUAUCCGAGACUGGUGUCACCUUGAUACUCUUCGGGGAGAUCAUCAUCCGCUUUAUAGUCGACUGGAGACAUUUCUUCCAAAGCAAGCGAAAUAUUACAGAUCUCAUAAUCGCAAUUGUUACAGCGGUCAUCCAGCUUCCUGCUGUUAAGAACGCGCGUGGUGGAGAACCAUACGCUUGGUUGACCGUUUUCCAAAUCAUUCGAAUUUAUCGAGUUGUCUUGGCUGUGCCGAUGACACGCGACCUUAUUAUGAUAGUUUUGGGUAACGUUAGCGGUCUCCUGAACCUCAUUCUUUUCGUGUUUUUGAUGACCUUCCUUGCAUCCAUAUUCGCCUCUCAACUUUUCCGAGGGAUUCUCCCACAAGAGUCUGACGGCGAGACCUUGCCAACCUCGUUCUUCACGAUCUACAACUCAUUCCUCGGCAUGUACCAGAUUCUGUCCAGUGAGGGGUGGACUAGUAUCAUGUACGAAAUCACUAGUCACCAGAGAGAGUUGAACACCGCUUGGAUUGGAGCAAUGUUCUGCAUACUUUGGUUUAUUCUCGCCAACUUCAUUGUCCUCAACAUGUUUAUCGCCGUCAUCCAAGAAAAUUUUGACGUUUCGGAGGACGAAAAGCGGCUACAGCAGGUCAAGGCCUUCCUACAGAAGAAAGAGCAAGCCAUGAGCUCAUCCUAUGGCAACCUCUCCCUCUCCUCAAUCUUUAAGCUUGGGCAGGCUAAUCGAAAAGACCCUUUGGACUAUGGCUCGGCUGCAGCGGAGAUGUUACUCAAGGAUGCAGUAGUUCGGGAUUUCCUGGACGAAAAUGAUGGAAGCGCAAGUCCACACGAAGACGAACCGCAGCCGGGUAUUCGACCAGCUCCUACGAUUGUUGGUUCAGGAGCCCUUUCAACCUUUUGGCAGCGCCUAGUGCGAAGAAUCAGCAAUCGUGAACCGAAUCCCUUCUAUGCGCCUCUGGACUUCGGCCGCGCGUACGAAGAUCUUGACCCAAGACGGAUGGCGAAAGAGGUGGUCAAUGCAACGGAGAAGCGAAAGAAGGCUCAAAGAGAAUACUUACGGAAACACCCCAAGUACAACGUGUCACUGUUUAUAUUUGGCCCCCAUAAUCCCAUUCGAAGGGUUUGCCAGAGAAUCGUUGGUCCUGGACGAGGAAAUGAUCGAAUUGAAGGCGUUGCGCCUUCAGUACCGGUUUGGUACGCCUUCUCAGCAUUCAUAUACGCUUCGAUCAUAGCCAUGGUUCUACUGGCCUGUGUGACAACUCCACUUUACCAGAGGACCUACUUCAUGGAGCAUGAGUUCAGUGUCAAGAACUGGUUCGUGUUCACAGACAUGGGCUUCGCCGUCUUGUUCACCAUCGAGGCACUCAUCAAAGUCGUUGCCGAUGGGUUCUUCUGGACUCCCAACGCUUACUUCCGCGGGUCUUGGGGGUUUAUCGACGGUGUCGUGCUCAUUACACUUUGGGUCAAUGUCGCUACGUCUCUGGUUAAUGAAGGGCAGAUCACGCGUACAGUCGGCGCGUUCAAGGCACUCAGAGCUCUCCGACUUCUCAAUGUUAGCGACAGUGCCCGCGAUCACUUCCAUUCCGUUGUCGUUCGUGGAGGCUGGAAAGUCAUAUCGGCUGCCUUCGUCUCCAUUAGUUUGUUGAUUCCAUUCGCCAUAUACGGGUUGAAUCUAUUCGUCGGGCGAUUUCAAACCUGCAACGACGGCGAUUCUAGUAUCGUCAAUUUGCACGACUGCGUGAACGAGUAUGAGAGCUCGCCAUUCAAUUGGGAUGUCCUGGCUCCCCGUCAGGCUGCCAAUCCGAACUACGACUUCGACAACUUCGGCGACUCGCUUUUCAUUCUCUUCCAAAUUGUAUCCCAAGAGGGAUGGACAGGUGUCAUGUGGGACUCCCAGCGCAUAACUGGUGUCUUUACCCAGCCAGAAGACUUUGCUUCCCAGGGAAAUGCCGUGUUCUUCAUCAUAUUCAACUUGCUUGGUGCUGUGUUCGUCUUGACACUUUUUGUCUCGGUUUUUAUGCGCAAUUACACUGAGCUUACUGGUGUUGCCUUCCUUACUACUGAUCAACGCUCAUGGCUCGAGCUCCGAAAGUUACUUAGGCAAGUAUCACCGUCGAAGCGGCCUUCAUCAACAAAACAGAGAGAAACUUGGGAGGAGUGGUGCUAUCGGCGUGCAGUUCGCAAGUCUGGUCGCUGGCAGAGAUUCAUCACCGGCCUACUGAUUCUCCAUCUACUUUUACUUUGUCUUGAGUGGUACCCUGGCAGCGAAAUCUGGGAUCAGAUCAGGGACUAUAUCUUUAUCGUGUUUACCGUCAUCUUCAUCGCCAACAUAAUAAUCCGCAUUAUCGGUCUGUCAUGGCACCGAUUCCGCAAGAGCUCCUGGGACAUGUUUUCGAUCUUCGCAGUCUCGGGAACAUUGGUCACCUCAAUCCUUCUACUUGCUGAACUUCGACAGCGUGUUUUUAUUACACUCAAUAAGCUGUUCCUCGUAUCUAUCGCCUUGCUCUUGAUUCCAAGGAACAACUCACUUGACCAACUUUUCAAGACCGCGGCAGCUAGUCUAGCAGCGAUCUCGAAUCUACUCGCGACAUGGUUUGUGCUAUUCCUUGUCUAUGCGAUAGCCCUUACGCAAACGUUCGGCUUGACACGCUUUGGCCCCAAUGAGUCUGGCAACGUCAACUUCCGAACCGUUCCCAAAGCCCUCAUUCUCUUAUUCCGAUGUAGUGUCGGCGAAGGCUGGAAUGAUAUCAUGGAAGACUUUGCAACUGUCGAUAAGCCGUUCUGUACAGAAGGCAGCAAGUACUUCGAAAGCGAUUGUGGCAGCCCAGAGUGGGCACGAGCGCUUUUCAUAUCUUGGAACAUAUUGAGCAUGUACAUCUUCGUCAACUUGUUCGUCUCCUUGAUUUACGAGAGUUUCAGUUACGUUUACCAGCGAAGCAGCGGCUUGUCCGUAAUCAGCCGCGAGGAAAUCCGCCGAUUUAAGCAAGCUUGGGCGGAGUUCGAUCCUAAUGGAACCGGCUAUAUCACGAGGGAAGCAUUCCCAAGGUUGCUUGGAGAACUCUCUGGCAUAUUUGAGAUGCGUAUUUAUGACGGUGAUUUCACGGUUGGCAGACUACUCGAGGACUGCAGUGUCAUGCCAAAGCGAACUUCGGCGCUGCCGGUCCAAGGUCGCGAAGAGAUGCCCGAGAUAGACCUCCAGAAGUUGAACCAGCGGCUAGCAGAGCUUCCCGUACACGAGAUCCGACGACGACGACUACGCAUGAACACAUUCUACGAAGAGGUGCUAGUCUCCAGCGAUCCAGACAGAGGAAUAGCAUUUACCUCUCUCCUAAUGAUCUUAGCUCACCACAAAGUUAUCAAUGAUAACAAGAGUCUCAGACUCGAAGAAUUCUUGCGCCGACGAGCGCGUCUACAGCGCGUGGAAGAAGCAGUCCGACGAAACGUUGUUGUAGGGUUCUUCGAUACUCUCUACUGGUCACGUAAAUUCCGGCGUGCGGUGGAGCAUAAGAAGUCUGGACGCAUGACGGCCGUCCCACAAUUCACGGUCCCAGAGAUUUUCGUGGAUGACGAGGACAUCACAGACGCGCAACGUGGACAGCACUCUGCAAGCGGGAGUCCGCUCUUCUCGCCAGUGGACCUCCAGCCAAUGGAUAAUGCGCCAUGGCGUGCCUCAGGCAGUGAGGUACGGGCGCCAUCACCACCAGCAGACAUGACGCUACGAAGCCGUGCCAAUUCAAUACAAACCACACCACAGCACUCGCCAACACGACCAUCGCCUUUGACAGGGCCGCUUUCUGCAAACAGAGGGUCCCCGCAAGGAUCUCCCUUCUCUCCACCUGCGGACGGCGAAUGGCAAUUCGCAUCUGCUUUAAGUCGACCUCCCAGUCCACUUGAAGUUGAUCCGGGUCCAGCAAAUCGCAGCAGGCAAAACAGUGCUGUCAGUGCAGCAGAUGUUUUGGAAGUGCUAGACAAUUCUGCCUGGGGUGAGAGUAUCCGUAGGAGUUUCACACACCGGCGUUCUGGUGGACGAUGAGCAUGAGAGAAGGAGUCCUUGUUUGAAUGGGUUGCUCUCUGGGGCGGAGCAGUCUAGUCCCAAUCUGGCGAUGCUGAUGUUUCAAACGCGUGAAAAGAGCAUGGCAAUACGACGGAACGAAGAAGGAAAAGUGCAGGGCCGCUGAAAGGGUCCAAAGAAGCGAUGCAGGGGAAAGAUACAAGCGACACACAGUCGCAUUGAUGUCUGAAAUUGGGCAGGAGACACGACGGAGGCGCGAUCAAACAGACAUCGAGUGCGGUAGGGAUGAUCCAGGGCAUCACACUCUCACACACACAGCUGGACAGGAGCGCAUCCGGGCAAGUCUUGCCCAUUAUUGUCCGAUUUUUAUGUACAAAGUUCAUUCACACGUACUUUACGUGUAUCACGAUUAACGGCACUUGCAUGGAGGGGA